AUGAAUUUCAUGCGAAGCAUGGUGAAGGAGAUCGAGGCACUCACCGACAGCGCGGUCCACGCGACACGGCAAGGUGUUGAAGGCGUGGCCCAAGCAGGCAAAGAGACGGUGGAAGGAAUAUCGCAACUGGCCAACAGUGCGUUGGACGAGGCGACGGCGGCGCUGGAGACGGUGAGCAACAUGGGCGAGGCCACGCUGUCGCUCAUCUCCAAUACCAUGCGACCAUCCAAGCGGCGCUUCCACCCGCUCAAGCCCAACAUCAUGCGCUGCGCCUGCAUCGGCGAUUCCGGAGUGGGCAAGUCGACGCUGCUGGCCACGUGGCGCGAGGGCCGCUACCCGGCCGGCCUCGACCUGCCCUCGACCAUCUACGACUGGCUCUACUUCAACUACUGCCUCAGCUCCAAAGAAGGAGAAGGAGAACAUGAAAGAGAUCAAGAAGGAGGCCGAGGAGGCGGUGGCGACGGUGGAGGCGGUCAAGGAGCGACGGGAGAUCGUGAUCGAGUUCCUCGACACGGCGGGCGAGUACGAGGGCUUCCGCCACCUGCGGCCGUGGCACUACAAGGACGUCGACGUGUUCAUCCUCGCGUUCGACGUGACCAACCGCGCCUCGUUCGCCAACAUCGCGCGGUACUGGACCGAAGAGAUCAAGACCUGGGGCACGCCGUGCGUCAAGAUCCUGGUCGGCACCAAGGCCGACAUCGCCGACGAAGCCGACGACGACGAUGA